GGGCGACCAGCAGUUUGUCCAGAUAGCUGCACUAGUUAUGACCCAAUCGACUGGUUCACCUUCCGUGAUGUUCCACAAAUUACUCAGUGCAAUGAGACUAUGUUACUUGAUUUCAAUAUUUUCAAUGACCUGAAAGACACCAAUGUGCAUAACUCCCUCCAUGUCUGCUGUUCUGGUGGUCUCGACAAACUGCAAAACUCGUCGACUGUCAAACUCACAUCCACGGAUCUAACCAAUAGAGACGUUACAUAUCAGAUCGCUGCUAGGGGCCCCAGUCCUUCUGCAUCUGGAGAAAGCAAUUAUCCUAAACUUCUGGAUGCUUUGCGAUCCUAUUUGACUGGAUACACACAGAAACAGGAGAUCUUUGGAUAUACCGAUCAGGUGGCCGCUGGAGUUUAUCUGGGUGGUAGUGUCCAGCAGGUGUCAAAUGUCGAAUUUGCCAUUGAAACAUUGAGCAAUUUUCUUACCGACGCCAGCUACAGCAUUGCUGCUAUUCAAUACUGCGGAUCCAACGCCAACGAAACAAUCGGUGUGGCACUUGACCUUAAUGGUGACAUUCCAACUAUACAAAAAUAUGUUCAAAGCUGGCAUGCCGGAAAAUGUGGGUCCGGCUUUGAUAAGAAUAUAACCGGCAGCGCCUCACUAGCCUUCCAGGGCCGUCACAGCGAGGGAAACGGAACACAUUCAACACAUUUCCGAGUCUCACGUGGCUCUCACGGGCAUCGUGUAACUCACUUUCACCAACGCAAAGAUGCUACAUGCACAUACAGACAAGUGGUGUCCGGGGAUACUUGUGAUCAAUUGAUCUCAGACUGCGGUAUUACCUCCACAGAGUUUUACGACUACAAUACUGCAUCGGAUCUUUGUACAGGACUCAUUCCCGGCCAAUAUGUCUGCUGUUCAUCGGGCUCAUUGCCAGAUUUCUCACCAUCCGCGUAUUCGAAUGGCACCUGCUACACAUACAGUGUACAGUCCGGGGACAGUUGUUCUAGCCUUGCAAGCACAUACAGUCUCACGGAAGCCAAAAUCGAGUCAUACAACAAUGAAACAUGGGCCUGGUACGGAUGCGGAAACCUGCAGGCCGGCCAGAACAUCUGUUUGUCUACAGGCAACCCUCCUUAUCCCCUGCCGAUUGCCAACGCAGAGUGCGGACCUCAGGUUGCGGGAACUAUUUUUAAUAGCACCAAAUCGACCGACUGGGAGAGCUACAACCCAUGUCCAUUAAAUGCCUGUUGUGACGCCUUUGGCCAGUGCGGUAUCACACCAGUUUACUGUAAUCGCACCUUUGCCGAGAACAAGAAUCCUGGGACCGCUGCGAAUGGAUCCAAUGGAUGCCUUUCGAAUUGCGGAACCACGAUCACAAAUUGGGCAGUUCCUCCUUCAAGCUUCUCCAAGGUGGGCUACUACGAGCCCAGCAGUAUGGAUCGAUCCUGCCUGCAGAUGAGCCCGCUCUCAAUUGACACGUCAGUAUUGACUCAUGUUUAUUAUGCCUUUGGAAACAUUUCUUCCGACUUUUCCAUCAAUGUGAAUGGAUAUGAACAAGAGUUUUCAGAAUUCAUGGAGCUGAAAAAUGUCAAGCGUGUUAUGUCCUUUGGCGGUUGGGAUUUCUCGACGAGCCCAGAUACCUAUAUGAUCUUCCGCCAGGGAACUGCUGCAACCUACCGAUCUACAUUGGUGGAAAAUCUGGUCAACUAUGUUUCGGAAACGGGCCUGGAUGGUAUCGACAUUGAUUGGGAGUAUCCAGGCGAGCCAGAUAUCGCAGGUAUUCCUGCCGGAAGCGACGACGAAGGAGAGAACUAUCUUGCUUUCCUCAAAGCACUCAGAGAAGCUCUUCCUGAUGGCAAGAUCUUAUCAAUUACAGCACCAUCUUCUUACUGGUAUCUCCAGGCCUUCCCCAUUGCUGCGAUGGCAGAUGUCGUGGACUUUAUCAAUUAUAUGACAUAUGAUUUGCACGGAACUUGGGAUGAGAAGAGUACUUGGGCCGAUAACGGAUGUACGGCCGGUGAUUGCCUUUUCUCACAUGUUAACAUGACCGAAACUGAAUGGGCCCUGGCCAUGUUGACCAAGGCUGGAAUUGGCACUAGCCAAAUCAUGGUGGGGGUGGCUAGCUAUGGUCGUUCUUUCGAGAUGUCUGAGGCAGGCUGCUAUAACUCUAGCUGUACCUGGACUGGUGCGGGAGAGGCUGGAGAGUGCACCAAUACUGCUGGAUACAUUUCCAAUGCAGAGAUCAACCUGAUCCUGCAAACCAACGACAACUCUCAGGCUUACUCGGAUGGAAAUGUGACGGAUUUCAUCGUUUAUAAUGACACCCAAUGGGUUGGCUACAUGACCAAUGAGACCAAGACCAAGCGCACAUCCUGGUACGAGGGCUACAAUUUCGGUGGUACCGCCGAGUGGGCCAUUGACCUC